AUGGACCAGGAAAAUAAAAACCAGACAUGGGUGAGUGAAUUUAUUUUGCUGGGACUGUCCAGUGACUGGAGCAUUCAGAUUUCCCUCUUUGUCCUGAUGCUGGCCAUGUACUUGGUGACUGUGGUGGGAAAUGGCCUCAUGGUGCUUCUGAUCAGACUGGACAUCAGGCUUCAUACCCCCAUGUACUUCUUCCUUAGUGUUCUAUCCUUUGUAGAUCUUUCUUAUGCAAGCAGUGUUGUCCCACAAAUGUUGAUCCACUUGAUCUCACCAUCAAAGUCCAUCCCCUUCCACAGUUGCGUGCUCCAACUCUACAUUUCCCUGGCAUUGGGUGGGUCUGAGUUCUUCCUGCUGGGAGCCAUGGCUUAUGAUCGCUACAUGGCAGUGUGCUUCCCACUGCAUUACACCGUCCUCAUGCACAAAGGGCUAUGCCUGGGGCUGGCUACUGCUUGCCUGAUGGCUGGAUUCAUGAAUUCACUGAUGGAAACCAUCAUCACCUUCCGGCUUCCCCUGUGUCACAAUGUUAUUAAUCACUUUGUCUGUGAAACCCUAGCAGUGCUACGACUAGCUUGUGUGGACAUCUCCUUCAACAAGGUCAUGGUGGCCAUCUCAGGAUUUCUGGUGCUCAUGGUUCCCUGUUCACUGGUUCUGUUCUCCUAUGUGCGUAUAGUGGCUGCCAUUCUACGCAUUCGUUCUACUCAGGGACGUAGAAAAGCCUUUGGGACUUGUGCCUCUCACCUGACUGUGGUUUCCAUGUGCUUUGGGACUACCAUCUUCACUUACUUGGGGCCACAGUCUGCCUCCUCGGAAGAAGAGGAGAAAGUGGUUACUCUUUUCUAUGCUGUGGUGGCACCCAUGUUGAAUCCCUUGAUCUACAGCUUGAGGAAUAAGGAAGUGAUGACUGCUCUUCAGAAAGUUUUAGAGAAAUUCAGAAAAAGGUGA